GAAUCGCAAACUCCUAAUUUCAGUGUUCAAGAGAUAGAGAGAGUUGAAGAAUUAGGGUUUUAGAGAGAAUGACAAUGGGACUAAGGCCUUACACCGAGAGGACGGGUCAUGGCUUGGGAUUACCAGCUUUCGACGUUAAUCAAGGCGAGGUUCUCAUGCACAUAAUGCCUGCCGUCGGCAUCGUAUUCGAUAAUCGGCCUCCCGAGUUUCCUGGCACUCUCUACAUCUCCUCCAGGCAAGUGGUUUGGUUGAGUGAUGUGGACAUGGAAAAAGGUUAUGCAGUUGAUUUUCUAUCAAUGUCAUUGCAUGCAGUUUCAACAGACCCAGAGGCCUAUCCAUCUCCUUGUUUGUAUGUUCAGAUUGAUACUGGAGAUGAUGAAGAGUUGGAGAUUUCAGAUUCAGAAUGUCAUGGUGAAGAGUCUGAGAAUUUAGACUUAGCUGCAGUUAGAGAGAUGAGGCUUGUACCUUCAAAUCCUAACGAAUUAAAAACUCUGUUCGAGGUAUUCUGUCAAUGUGCUGAGCUUAAUCCUGAACCAACUGGAGAUGAAGAAGAAGAGCACAACUGGUUUUUUAGUGCCGAUCAGUUGGAAGGGAUGCCAGGACUUUCGGUAGCAGGAGAUGACGAAGAACAAUUCUCCGCUGUUCCAGUUAACUCAAUUGGCCACUCAAAUGGAGAUCAUGAUCAGCUAGCUCGCACAGUGCUUCAGCUUCAAAUCAAUGAUCAGCGUUUUGAGGAUGCAGAAGAGAUGGAACCCAAAGGCAACGGUAAGCAUAGUUGAGCUUGUGCCUUAAGAAGUAGAUCGCCCUCUUAUGCGUCGAAUUUCCUGUUGUACAACUAAACCCCUGCUGUAUAUGCAAAUUUUGUGUUCCACAUCAGACAGAUUUAGCUUUUAGGUACCUAGUUUUUCUUUGUAGUUUCUACUGGCCCGCUAAAUGACUUGCUAGUGUUUGAAUAUUUGAAUCCUCAUCCUGAAGUGAGUUUGGGUUAUGUUGUGUUGGUUUUUCAUAUUUUAAGAGUAGUUUGAUAAGUUUGUAUUUCACUCUCUGAAUUGGACUUUCUGAAAUGGUUGUAACUUGUAAUGGUUGUAAGUGAAUUAAGAAAAGAAAAGUCUAUGUUUAAGUUCCCACUUUCUGUUCCUGA